AUGUACGAGCGGAGCACGGAGAAGGGAUCCGUGUGGGUCACCAUGAAGCGAUUGAUGAUGCUCAUUGGUUUCUACAUUUUAGCUGUUGGUGGAAUCCUUUAUCAAGGUUAUAUGAUAAUUUUUCACCUCAAAACAGUGUGCCGAGGCCUGUCCCACUGCGUCGCCGCUGAGGACAGGGAGAUGGCCGCCCUCGCCGCUGCCGCGGGGCUCAGGGAGCUCGUCAUGGACAAGUGCCUUGGCGUCACCGACGUCGGGCUCGCCAAGGUCGCCAUCGGGUGCCCCGGGCUAGAGAAGCUCAGCGUCAAGUGGUGCCGUGAGAUCUCCGACAUUGGCAUCGAGCUGCUCGCCAAGAAGUGCCCCGAGCUUCGCAGCGUUGACAUCUCCUACUUCAAGGUAGCAUCCCUGAAAUUCGUAUCAGUCUCUUUGGUCAGUAGUACGAUUGGUCUGAAGCCUCUGAUGGAUUCAAUUGAAAAUGAUUGUGAUUUGACCUGUCGAGAAUUCAGAAGUGUUCAAUCGAGCAAUGAAUCCCUUAGAUCACUCUCCACUCUCGAGAAGUUGGAGGACAUAACAAUGGUCUACUGCUUGUUUACAGACGAUGAUGGCCUACAGAUGCUAAGCGCAGGCAACUCGCUGAAGGAGCACUACCAAGAACAGCACCAGCAAAGCAGCAGCAACAGCAACGAAUGCAGUAACCCCACAAACGACAGCAGCAGCAGCAAUAACAGCAACAGCCGCAAGAGAGAGGCAGAAGACAACGAAGAAAUUUUGCCCCAGAGAAACAAAUCAAGGCACAGUUAG